UGAAAAGGUAAUUGAUAAGUUUCCCAUACAUAUCAUUUAUUUAAAGAACUCUUGUAGAUAAAUUAGAAUGGAAAAAUUGCACCCAAAAAAGUCGUAUAUUUAUAUUAACACAAAUUACGGAAUUGAACAGAAUGUGUUAAUUCCUUGCGACGAUCCUGUAAGUGAAUUAGUGUACAUUUUGAUGAUCAAACAUAAUCUUCCAGUUUAUGUUGUAAACGAAUUAACUGAAGAUCUUGAACAUUUCAUUAAAGAAAGAAGUACAGAAUAUUUUAAUGAUGAAACCACAAACUUAAUCAACGACACACGAGAAAACAAAAUAAAUCUGGAAGAAAUUACUAAAGAAUGGGAGAGAGUUUUAAAAGAAGAAAUGGCUGAAUAUGGUGAACGACGGUGCGCUUCAGAUGAUGAGCUAUUCGCAACAGCUUAUCACAAAAUGGUUCAUUCUCCAGCGUUAGAAACUAUGCUUCAACUAGAACAUAUGUAUUCAAAAACUGUUAGACAAAAGACAGAAGAAAAAAAGAUAUCAGUUCAGGAAUUAUCUGAGCAGCAGAGUCAAGAAAUGAAUAAUGCUGUUGAUAGGUUAGAAAAAGAUAUGACAGAAACAAAAAUCAAUGAAUUAGUAGCAAGACAUUAUGAAACACAUGCUUUACUUCAGGCAAAGUUAAAUAGUGAACUAGAUACCUUAAAGGAAGCACAGAGGAGGGAAUAUAGAGAGUGGUUGAUGCAAAUGCUUGAACAAAACCAAACAAAUAAUUCCUUGCCAACACCUAACUCUCCUCUAACACCUACUGAAAUGCCAAUUUUGUCUAAUAAUGUAGAACGAGAACAAGAUGUGCCCAUUUUAGAAGAAAGUUUUACUAUUCAUUUAGGUUCCCAAUUAAAACAGAUGCAUAAUAUUAGAAUUUUAUCAGCAAAUGUAAUGGAUCUGUGUGCAGUUGAAGAUAGUAAACAGUCUUCUGAGCCCAAACCACAAUUACUACAGACAGCACUAGCACUUUAUUCUAAUGAUCUAUCGGGACUUGUUUUAUUAGCGGAUAAUAAAAUUGGUUCAAGAUGGACACAAGAGUUUCAAGAAAUCUGUCAAAAGUCCACAGAAUUUCAUUUUCCCCAUAUAGAAGACCAGCUAGAUAAGAUAUCAAAUAUAGCUCAGAAAUAUUUAAAAAGUGACCAUAAGAGCGAAAGUCGAAAUUCUAAUAGUGAAUUACUUCAGCCUGGUGAUUUUUACAUUACAAGACACUCUAAUUUGGCUCAAGUUCAUGUUAUUUUUCACAUGGUGUCAGAUGAUAGUCUAAGAGGUAAUGAUAUAAAUAGUAGACACCCAGUGGUACUUGGUUUAAGAAAUAUUCUUAAAACUGCAUGUUCUAAUGACGUCACUUCUCUUACAAUUCCUUUAUUAUUACAAUAUGAGAUGACUGAAGAUAUGACAAUUUCAUGGUGUGAAAAACGUGCAGAACUGGUUUUUAAAUGCGUGAAAGGGUUUAUGAUAGAAAUGGCCUCCUGGGGUGGGUCAGAUCUAAAAAAUUUGCAGUUUAUGGUACCUCAAGGCAUAUCCAGUCAAGUAUUUCAGUCACUUACAGAGAUGCUUCCUAGAAUUUUUAAAGUUUCUAAUCCCAAAGUUCUACAAUAGGUAACAUGUUUGUAAAUAUAACUUGUUAAAGGAUUUUAGUCAUUUUUUACAGUUAGUUUAUUAAGAAGCAAUGCCAACUAUUUGUAUUAGCUCAUCAUCAUAUUAAUAUAGUGAAAGUAUUUACAGUAAAGAUCAAAGGGCACCUAUACAGGCUUUUAAAACCUAAUUCUGCAGACAGUGAGAGGCAAUCUCAGAUAGAAUGUUUUAAAUAUAUUUUUUUUUACCAGAGUUUUCCACUUAAGCAAAGAUAUUUACACUGUACUUUCUUUAAAAACAAAAAGACAAAUCUGUCAUUCACUGAAAUGGCUCUGGUUCAUGAAGUGAUAUUAUUUACCUAAUUUCAUUGAUGUAUUAUUCCACAUUUUUGUAUUUAUAUAUAUAAUAUUCCAUAUAAUAUUUAUUUUACAUUCUAUGUUAAGCAAUUAUUAUACAUAUAAAAACAUUUUAGAUAA